AAUUUCGACAUAUUCAGACCUGCACCACCUAUAAAAAUUCGGCAUGGACUUUCCAGACAACUCAAUAUAAUAUGAAUGUUACUUGCAAUGUUUAUUUCCUAUCGCAUUUCGUAGUUUCUUGCGCGGUCUAUUUAUAAAUAAAAGUAUUCCCCGAGUAACCCGAAUCCUACUUGGAAGCACGUCUCUUUUUAUCGGUCGGUAUGCACCAACGGAGUUAAUUCGAUUUCCGUGGAAUCGGGAAAAGAGGAUUAGCCGUUAUUACGCAACAGCUCGGGGCACCGCGGCCGGUUGAUCCGUGAGUGGGCGGGUCUCGGUGUUUUCCAAAUCAGCUGUUAGUCGCCGGUGAAGGGUGACUCGUCGGCCCCGUAGUGGGAGGCGGGCGUCAGUCGACUGCGAGACUCGGGCCGGUGCGCAUCGCGUCUAUGAAUCGCGCGCCUCGUACCACGGUGUGUAUGCGCGUAUACAACGCAACGGUUCCUUGGUGCGCGCAUAUGUCUCCCGUCUCGUUACGUACGCAUCGAAAACACACCGUUCCCGACGUGUCUGCGGCUGUGCAACGUGCUUCGCCGAAGUGAAAGUGGAACGGACCCCGUCGCGAAACGACUUUUCGAAAAGCUUCCAUAUUUCGACGAGCGUUACCGACGACCGACGUGAAAAAGAAGAACCUGGACACCGCGUGUUUCCAUGUGCACCGUUUCUGCGCCGUGCGAGAGAUCCGUUAACGAUCACGACGAAACCAUAUGCUCGGUAGCGGUUCGGUAGUCGGCCAGUGAUAAUUAUCCCUACGAUCGUGGAUCGUAUUUUGACCGACGCUGACACCUAGUGGAAACUUCCGUUUAGCGCGACGGCGGGGAUAGAACGCGGUGUCUUAUCGAGCAUUUAAAAAUAAAUACCAACGCGAAGCCCUUUGCUCCGUUUCGGUCGAAAAGGGACACGCUCCUGGCACGGGAACACGUGGCACGCUGUUCCGUGGGGGAAUCGUGCGCGUUUUCCUGGCUGUUCUUCCCGAAGCGAGGCGAGACGGAUCGGAUAUUCGCGAAGGUGGCCAAGGCCGAGGCUGUGCUCUCCGUACAAGGAUCGACAAGGUUCUCGGAGCCUCGUCGACGAGAAAAUCGAAUCUCCUGGUGAAGAGGACGGAGGGAGAAAGAGAAUCGGUCGAGAAGCACGACCAUGCGACGGUCGGUCAGUUAACACUUCCGUCGUCGUCGCGUUUACGCUGUGACGCCGCCUAUGGUGAGAAGAAGCGUGGCUGACCGUGAUAUGCUCAAGUGUCGCACCUCGCCGACCACCAUGAAGAAUCCCGAGCACGAGAGCGGCUACUUCGAGGACGGGAGCGACGUCGAGGCGGCCGUCGAGGAAACGAUCGUCACCGAAGAAAGGAAGCAUGGAUCGGAAGUAUGCUACUGCCUCGCCAAGGCCAUCCACAGUCUCGACGUCAGAGAUUCCGGCGAGCCAGUUUCCGACGACUACGAGGACAGAUUCAAUAGAGUAAACCUGGAAGACAGUGGAGGUCAGAGGGUAGACAUGACGCACUUCGACUUGCUGAAAGUCCUUGGAACCGGAGCUUACGGAAAGGUGUUCCUGGUGCGAAAGAGAACAGGCACCGACGCUGGCCGUCUUUACGCCAUGAAAGUCCUGAAGAAAGCGUCCAUCGUCCAAAAGAAGAAGACGACGGAGCACACGAAGACGGAGAGACAAGUUCUGGAGGCCGUUCGGGACAGUCCUUUUUUAGUUACGUUGCAUUACGCCUUUCAGACGGACGCGAAGCUCCAUUUGAUUUUAGAUUAUGUCAGCGGCGGGGAGCUGUUUACGCAUUUGUAUCAACGGGAACACUUCACCGAGGACGAAGUUCGAAUUUAUAUCGGAGAAGUUAUUUUGGCGCUAGAGCAUCUGCACAAACUCGGGAUUAUUUACAGGGACAUUAAAUUAGAAAACAUUCUGUUGGACAGAGAAGGGCAUAUCGUGUUAACAGAUUUCGGGCUGAGUAAAGAGUUCCUACCGCACGAACGGGACAGCAACGCUCGUGCUUACUCCUUUUGCGGAACUAUCGAGUACAUGGCACCGGAAGUGGUACGAGGGGGCUCCGCGGGCCACGAUAUUGCGGUGGACUGGUGGAGCGUGGGCGUGCUGACGUACGAGUUGCUGACCGGCGCGUCUCCUUUUACGGUCGAGGGAGAGAAGAACACCCAGCAGGACAUCUCGCGAAGAAUACUGAAAACGGACCCGCCGAUCCCCAGCCACCUGAGCCCCACCGUUCGGGACUUCAUCCUGCGGCUCCUGGUGAAGGACCCUCGCCAGAGGCUGGGCGGCGGCCCGGACGACGCCCGAGAGCUGAAGGAUCACCCGUUCUUCAGGAAGGCACCGGCUCCGUUCAGCUGGCCAACCCUGGAGAGACGAGAGAUCCCCCCGCCCUUCGUUCCUCGCAUCACCCACGAGCUGGACACCAGCAACUUCUCCGACGAGUUCACGAAAAUGAUAGCCGCGGACAGUCCGGCGGUUGUUCCUCCCAACUACGACAAGAUCUUCCGAGGGUAUUCGUACGUGGCGCCAUCCGUUCUCUUCUGUGACAACGUGGUCAGCAAGGACAUCUUCAAGGAAGCUACCAAAGCCAGCACGGAGUCCCAGCGACCGUCCGCAUCGGACGUGCUGGCCGCGAGAUUUGACGAGUCCACCUUCUUUCAGACCUACGAGCUGGACCCGCGCGAGGAAGCCCUCGGCGAUGGUAGCUUCUCCGUCUGUCGCAAGUGCAGACACAGGAAAACGCAGCAGGAGUACGCCGUGAAGAUCGUCAGUCGCAGGAUCGACUGCGGACGGGAGGCCACUCUGUUGAGAACCUGCCAAGGUCAUCCGAACGUGGUAAAGCUGAUCGAGGUCCACCAGGACAGGGCGCACACGUACCUGGUGAUGGAGCUGUUGUCAGGCGGCGAGUUGCUGCGCAGGCCGCGACCCUUCACCGAGCAACAGGCCAGCAGAAUUAUGCGCCAUUUGGCGUCAGCCGUGCGGUUCAUGCACUCGCGCGGCGUGGUGCACAGAGACCUCAAGCCGGAGAACAUAGUGUUCACCAACGACGGCGAGGACUCCUCGGUGAAGAUCGUGGACUUUGGAUUCGCCAGGGUGAAACGUAACUGCGAGCCUCUGCACACGCCCUGCUUCACGCUGCCGUACGCGGCGCCCGAAGUGGUGGCCAGGCAGGGUUACGACCAGAGCUGCGACCUCUGGAGCCUCGGGGCUAUCCUCUACUCCAUGCUCUCGGGGAAACCCCUGUUCAGAACCGGCUCCCCGGACCUGGCCACCAGGAUCAGAGCAGGGGAGAUCGACUUCGACGGCGAGGCGUGGAGCCACGUGUCCAGCCUCGCCAAGCAGGUCGCCAAGGGUCUGCUGACCGUCGACCCUACCAAAAGACUGACAGCGAGCGGGCUAGCCAAUCACGCGUGGCUAGCCGAAUCCAGUACUUCCAUUGACGUAAUCACGUUGGACGUCAACACGACGGCCAGCUUCCUGGAGAAGCCGGAGGGCUUCAGGCUGCGCGAGGUGGACGGCGCGCGGCUGGCUCAGAGGAGGAAGCUCCACAAACGUUCCACUUCCAGUUCCGUGUCGUCCUCCGCGUCCACCGCGUCCUCCAGUCCCUCCGUGUUGCUCCUACGACCGCCUAGCGCAGCGACGAACCCCGCCACCUCCGCCUCGCCGGCCCAGCCAAGCGCCUUCGACUUCGGCGAGGACAAGGUGAACGAAUACCUCAGCUCCCUGUCGUCCUCCUCGGACUCGAACUCGCCGAGGAUCAUGCAGGAGACCCCUAAAAAGCGGCGCAAGCGCGACGAAGACGACACCGACUCCCAAACCAAGCGUCACAAGAGAAACCUGGACAGCGGUGUUCACAAGAGUAGAACGGGACCUGUGACCAGGGCCAGGAAGCGGAAACUGGAGGAGCAAACCGGGAAUAGCGAGGAUGGCUCGACAGAGUCGAGCGGCACGUCGUGUAGCGACUCCAGGGACCUUCACCGAAAACAGAAGGCUGGAAAGCGGCCCAAACGACUCGCCACUAUCAUCGUGGAGUAGAUCAUGUUCUUUUUGUUGCCUCUACGAAUCGGUUCGACAGGCUCGCACCUCUCCUCGUGUCUCCAGAGAUGGGCAAAAUUCUUGUUUGCGUAGGAAUUUCGAGUUAAGAAGGAUAAACAUCUUUGUAUACGUUUAAGUAUGAGGCUGUUCGAAUGAUUGGUAAACAAGUAAAUCAAAGAGCCAAGGCAACCGAUGAUGGCACGUGUGCUCAAAUCUUCGCGUACGUUGACCACGUUCUAUCACGUAUUCAACGUGUAUUCGAGGUAUUCGUUGUAGAACGAAUGAUAACUUAGAACGGCUUAUUCGAACUGUUAUAUCGAAUGAAAUUUUGCCCAUCUCUGCUUCUAUGCAUUUCACGUGAUGCUGCAACGUUGCUGCCUUCGAAGCUCGCGUGCGAGCUAAUCAUUGCGUCAUUCCUAUUUACAGAACCGCGACCAGGGACUUCCCUUUUGGAACUUCGUUAGGUUAAAUUUCGAUUCGGCUAAACUUACUUACGUUUCACUAACAUUUCUUUUGAUUUUUAGAAAUCACGAUCCUCUAACGGAUUAUUUUGGGAUAAAGCAACGGACGAAGGUCGGCAAUUAUUUAGACAAUGAAAAAUAGUAUUCAGUUCGCGACGGGUUCCUUGGACUACGCUGUUCCUUAUCGCAAUCUUUAAAUUAUUGUAGAUACGUUUAAUUUUAUGCCAUGCUUAGGGUUACGUAUUAUCGGUCGGAGCUGUGGAAAAUAGUAUUUCAAGUAGAAAAUAAGGACUGUGCUGCUUCCUUAACCUUUAGAAAAUAAUUUCUAUUCCUACGUCGCGUGAAUGGUUUAAAUGUAUACAACUAUUCCCAGUUGAAGAUGUUAAGUGUCGACUAAAUUAAGGUGUCUUAAUGUGUCUUGUUCAAGUGCCACGUUCAUUUAAGUGUCUUGUUGAUGGUGCAAGAAAGUCGAUGUGGAAUUAAGCGACUUUUUUCCAUUUGCUAAUUUCAUUUUAGAGUAAUAUACAUUUGCUAUCUCGAAUCAUUCGCGAUAACGCCUCAUCGAGAAUUAAAUCGGCCCUCGAGCGUCAUCUACAGCCAAUCUAAGCUAACGAUUUCUAGCAAAGAUUCGAAUCCACUCGAAUUUCUUCGCAUCGUCGCCUGUAAGAUUCACUCUAGACCUCGGUAGCUUCGGUAUCGAUCGAUAAACCGAGUCUCGAUCGACGCGAAAAAGCGAAACGCUUUCGCGAACGAUAUUAUUCUGGCAAUCAAGAUGGCCACCCAGGCAUCUCUCUACUAUUUUCUAUCGCGAGUACUAUGUUCGCCCAGCUCUCCCACGUCGAUAUUAAACAUAUUUACAUGUCGUAUUUAAAGCGCGAUUUGCAGUGAUCGUAUACAACCCCGUGUAAACUUCAAAUUAAUCAUCGUCAAGAUUCUAUCAGCGGGUGUACACGAUUACCGCGGUUCACGCUUUAACUAUAAUAUACAUGUACGCAUGUACACGCACGUAUA